UCUCUCUUGAUAACCACCUGCUAUUCUACUAAGUUACUAACCUAACAUUAAAUUGUUCCCAAAAACUUAUUUCUUCAAAGUGAUUUACCACAUGUUAUGUUACCAGCUUUCUCAACAGAACCACAUUUUCUCUUAACAAAACUUGAAAUUAAAGUCCGAUCUAAUUAACAUAUUUUAGCAAUUUUUGAAAGGAAGAAAAAUGGCACACGAAGAAGAGAGAGCAGCGAUCACAAUAGGAGAAGCACUAGAAGUUGUCGCAAAUCUCGUCGGCGAUAAACCCGUCGACGAAAGCGAUGCUGCCGCCAUACAAGCUGCCGAGAUGCGAGCCAUCGGCGCCACUUCUCCUCCUGUUACUGGUCUCGGCCUUCAAGCUCAGUCUGCUGCUAUGGUCAAUGCUCGCAGAAUUUAUGAUAAGGACAAAACUACCCUUGCCGAAGUUAUUGGGAAUGCAACUGAGAAGCUAGAGAGUGAUAAGCCGGUGACAAGGAGAGAUGCGGAGAAGGUGAGAGCGGCGGAGUUGCAAGGGGAUGUUGAAGGACUCGUUGGAUUUGGUGAUGCUCCUAAGGAAGCUGUCACUCCGGGUGGCGUCGCCGAGGCGAUUGCCACCGCUGCUACUAUUAAUCAGCCUCUGUAAAUCAUAAUGUUCUCUUAUGUUGGUUUAUACAUUUGUUUUGUGUUACAUUGUAUUUUGGUAUGGUUGACAUUGUGGAGGAUGAGUUUGUUGUGGUUGUUGUUUCACAUGGUUUUUGUCAAGUGGAAACAUUUUGGUGUUGGAGGUUGUAUCGUUGCCUCGUUGGUAGUUUUCACUAUCGUCUCUUGUGUGAUAUGUUGCACGCUUUAAUGAAUUAGUGGACGUUCUAGUAA